GCAAACAUAGGAAGCACUUGUUGCAAACGUACAAUCCUUGAGCCUUUUUACUGCUCGCAGUGAGUUUUGCAGCUUAUAUUGUAAUCACAUUUAAACCAGCUGAAGGGUGACAGAAAGUCAAGUGCCUUCUGCUUCACCAAGAAGGAAAGGAUUCCAGCAGCAGUCUAAAGGAAAGCUAUGGGGAUACUAUAUUCACAGCCCAUUUGUCAGGCAGCAUAUAAUAAUGACCUGAAUGAAGUUCAGCUCCUGCUGGAAGAAGAUAGCAAAAAUCUGAACAUCCAGGACAGUUUUGGUGGAGAUACACCAUUAAUUUGUGCUUGCAAACAGGGGCACAACAGAAUAGCCAGUUACCUUCUAAAAAUGAAUGCUGAUGUCAACAUCAAAAAUAAGAAAGAACGAACAUGUUUGCAUUAUGCUGUCAAAAAACGGUUUGGCUUCCUUGACUAUUUGCUCAUUAUCAUCUUAAUGCCUGUUAUGCUUAUUGGAUAUCUCCUCAUGGUAUCUAAAAGUAAGCAGAAUGAAAACCUAAUCAAGAUGCUACUUAGAGCUGGUGUAGAUGUUAACGCUACUGAUGAUUCAGGAAGAACAGCCCUCCACUAUGCAUGUGAAAUGAAGAACCAGUCCAUCAUUCCUUUACUAAUUGAAGCAGGGGCUGAUCUUUCCAUAAGGGAUAAGGAAGAAGAAACUCCACUGGACAUAGCAAGAAGACUGAAGUUUAUAAACAUAGAGUCCAUAUUGAAGAAGGAAUCCUAGACCCUGGGUUGUUGUCAUUGUUAUUAUGGCUGAGACUAUUGGAUAAUUCACUGUAAUAAGUGCAGUUGCAUUCCCAUUUUACAGUGAGUUCAUGUUUAGAAUGGGUGACAUAUGUGUGCAACAUAGGCACAUAGCAUUGAAUCUGCUGCUCUGUACUGAGAGCUGAUGGAAUUUGACCCAAAGAACAUGUUCAGUUUUGUGAAUAUUAAGCUGUGUUAAUGGUUUGCCUCCCUCCCAACAUAAGAUACCCAUAUGAGUAUCAGGAAUACUAUUUAUUUGUCAUGCCUUAUCUGAAAACAUUGAAGUUUAAAGCAACUUUAGCAAUAAAAACCUUUUUUGUAC